UCUCUGCAACAGCUGCACGAAAUUUGGAAGAAAAGAAGUGGAAUGCACCUACACUGUUGCCUUUUACAAAAGAUGUACAGAAGCUUCAUGCCUUUCUCAACAAAACACAAGAUGAAUACUUUCAACAGUUAUCUUUAGAGCCUUCAACAAAAUGCUGGUCUGAACUUGCCAAGACCAUUCUGACUCAAAUCAUCCUGUUCAACCGUCGCAGAGAGGGUGAGGUAUCUAACAUGCCUUUAUCUGCAUUUUUGACCAGGGACACCACUAAACCACAUGCUGAUAUAGAUUGGGCACUGUCUGAGGUUGAGAAAAAACUAUGCCGGCACUUCUCAAGAAUUGUCAUCAGAGGAAAAAGGGGACGUCCAGUUCCCAUUCUGUUGACACCCAAAAUGAUGGCUGCUUUGGAGUUGAUUGUAAAGAGUAGGGAGGCUUGUGGAGUGUUAAAAGAAAAUGUUUAUCUUUUUGCCCGGCCAACUGCAGUGUCCCAUUACAGAGGCUCGGACUGUAUCCGCUACUUUGCCAAGCAUUGCGGUGCGGAUUUUCCAAGUGCACUUACAUCCACAAAAUUACGGAAGCAAGCAGCGACACUUUCGACAGUUCUAAACUUGAGAGACACAGACUUGGAUCAAUUAGCAAACUUUCUCGGACACGAUAUUCGAAUUCAUCGGGAAUACUAUCGCCUUCCUGAAAAGACUUUACAGCUUGCAAAAGUCAGCAAAGUCCUUAUGGCUCUAGAACAAGGAAGAGUUGGCCAAUUUAAGGGCAAGAAUUUGGAUGAGAUCACUAUUGACCCAAAUGAGGAGAUGGAGUUAAAUAAUGAAGUGAUGAGCGAGGAGGGUGAAAACUGUGAAGAACACGAAGAUACACAGGCAAAUGUGUGUGCACCACCAUUAGACACUGAAGUUGUGACCACAGUGAAUAUGAAGCAUUCUCUUGAAAGGUCUUCUGCUAAAGGUAAAACAUCUGUUGCAAAAAAGAAGAAGGCUUGGCAAGUAAAUGAGAUCCAUGCAGUGGAGAAACAUAUGAUGACAUUCAUCACUUCAUGCCUCGUACCAGGGAAGUUGGCCUGUGAAAACUGCAUUAGAUCAGAGCCAUUAGCUCUUAAAGAAAGAGACUGGCAGAGUGUAAAAUUUUAUGUUUAUAACCGGAUUGUGGCCUAUAAAAGAGAGAUUAACAAGAAAGAAUGAAUAAUAAGAAUAUUGACAGAAACAGCAGGGUGCACUAAACUUUCAGUAUAUGUUUACAAAGAAAAUGUUCACUAAGUCAUUGUUAUAGAGCAUAUCUAGAGCAUAUCUAAUUUUCAGUUUGUUGCCUUAAAAAAAAAAUAUUUUGGGAGAUCGCAAAAUCGAAUCUCGGUGUUUACAUGAAGCCGCCCCUGUCCAAAAGCUCCCAGAGAGCAGAAUGGGCCUGUGCUCUUUUAGGAAGGGAAGGGCGGUAUACUCGGUAAAAAGCCAGAAUCUAUAAUCAUUUAUUUUCUUGUAAUAUUUAAGGUGUGAUAUGUUUACAUACUACUUAUACUUUAUAAUUUAAAAUAAUGAAAGCUAGUCAGGCUUAUAGAUGUUUUUAUUUUAUGCUCAGUGUUCAGAAUGCUCAACAUUGUUGUCAUACAGUAUACAUUUAGUUAUGUUAAUUGUGUUUAAGAGCAAAAUAUUUCUCACAGUCAAGGUUCAGUCGUGGAUGAUAAAGACUGUGGUAGUGUUGCACUUAUUUGUUGGGCAAAUACUUUGUUAAUUUUACAGUAAUUACAGCUCAAUAUAUGUGACUAAACUUGUCAUAAUGUUAAAUAAACACUGUUUUUGUAUCUAACUGACAUAAGUCCCAGACUUAUCAUGACUAAGUACUGAUGCGGCUACUUUAGUGACGUCCCCACUACAACAUAAAUACCAGUUAAUUGUGUGUAUGCAAAUGAGGCUACUUCAGUGAUGUCCCCACAACAGUAUAAAUACCUGUUAAUUGUGUGUAUGCAAAUGAGGCUACUUCAGUGAUGUCCCCACAA